AUGCGUGCCUGCCGCCUGGGCGGAAAAAGAAGGAAGUAUGAACACUUAAUGGAUUUACCGGAGUCAAUUGCCACAUUUUUGAUCAGUUUCGCUUUGGAUGGUCAGGGCUUAUAUGUCGACGAUUUGCUGCAACCCGCUUCAGAGUUAAUGCGGAAUCCAACAAUCUGGUGGACAAAUCUUGGAAAGGAUGACAAGGAGAGAACAAAAUCUUUCGACGUGCUUUCGCAAGCCAGAAUGGAUUGGGCAGCCUUUGCUCGCACAGCCCUCGGAAGAGCCUUAGAGAUGUACGAGCCUACGAACUCAAUCCAGAAAGAGCUAAACUGCUUCCUCCAAAGAAAAAGCGUGUGGUUCAAACGACGGCAAACAGUUCCUCCGCUAUCAAGGAAAUAG